ACUAAUUUAAUUAACUUUGUCCCUAUUUUCUUCGCUCAACAAUGGCUUGCCGCCCAUUUAUUAACCAAACCCAAAAAAAAAAACAGAGCAAUAAUAUACCCGGGUGGCCACACACAUCUCUCUCUCUCUCUCUCUCUACUUGGGAGGUAAGUGAUGGAGAUGGAGGGGAGAAAUGAUAAUAAUAAAGAAAAUAAGGGGCAGAAAGUAGAAGAAACAGAAAGCAGUGGCGCUGAGUCUUUUAGCGUGGAAGAGAAGCAUAAAAUUGAGCUCAUGAGGGCUCUUCUUCUAAAACGAGAUCCAUCUUUUCAGGUAGAAGUGGUGGAUGAUUACCAAAUGAGAAGGUUUCUAGGAGCACGUGAUCUAGACGUUGAAAAAGCGACAAAGAUGGUGAUAAAAGAGCGGCAAUGGAGAAGUGCAUUCGUGCCAAAGGGUCACAUUUCAGUCUCGGAGGUUCCUAACGAGAUAGGUCAGAACAAGAUGUUCAUGCAAGGAGUGGACAAACAAGGACGCCCCAUUGCCGUCGUGUUUGGUGGCAGGCAUCUCCAAAACAAAGCUCCCGAUGAAUUCAAACGUUAUGUGGUUUUGGGUUUGGACAAACUAUGUGCCAGGACGUCACCGGGCAAGGAAAAAUUUGUGGUGAUAGGAGAUCUUCAAGGCUUCGGGUACUCUAAUAGCGAUGUCCGCGGAUAUAUUGGAGCUCUUUCUAUUCUUCAGGAUUUCUAUCCAGAAAGACUUGGAAAGGUGUUCGUUGUCCAUGCACCAUAUGUGUUCUGGACAUUGUACAAGGCAGUGCACCCUUUCAUUGAUGACAAAACCAAGAAGAAGAUCAUUUUUGUGGAGAAUAAACGGUUGAAAUCAACAUUACUAGAAGACAUUGACGAAGACCAACUCCCAGAUAUCUAUGGAGGCAAACAAUCAUUGGUCCCAAUCCAUAAUGCCUAGCUAGCACUAAACCAAAUUCUGGUUAAAUUACUUUUAUAUGAUCUCACUGGGCUUCCAUUUAAAUAAUAAUUAAGUACUUUGUACUGGUUCAUUCUGUUAGACAUUGACGAGAUCAAAGCAAAAUAAAAUAUUUUAUUGUUG